AUGGCUCCCGAGACAAGCUCAUUUCUACAGCACCCUGUCAUUGGACAUAUUCGCGUUAGGGAUGGCGAUGGGGUCGUCCAGUGCCUCGGUCUCAAGUAUGCUUCUCUCGAAAAUCGGUUUGCUGAGGCGCAAAUCAUGGAUUACCCCAGCGAGGGCCAUCUUACGGCUACAAGGCACGGUCCGCCCGUCAUCAUGCCACAUGGAGCUGUUGACUUUGAAAUGGACUUGCUUCAACAGGCCAUCCCCCAGUUUGACGUCCCUCUCAUGUCCGAUCUGGAUGGUUUGAACCUCAACAUCACGUUGCCAAAGGACUGCAACGAGGGCUCCAUCCCCCGACUGCCAGUGUUGGUUUUUGUUCACGGUGGCAGCUUCACUUUUGGGUCUAACUCUUACCCUCAUUACGACCAAAGCCGAAUUGUCAAGUUGUCGAUAGAGAUGGGUAAGCCCAUAAUAGCAGUCAAUUUCAAUUAUCGAUUGGGUAUACCAGGGUUCUUGACUUCGCAAGAGCUGUCAGAUGCAGGUUUCAAGCCUAAUCGUGGUCUCCGAGACCAGAGAGUUGCACUACGGUGGAUCAAGAAAUACAUUGCCGGGUUUGGAGGCGACCCGGAUCAGAUCACACUCGUCGGGCAAAGUGCUGGCGCAGCGUCGGUCGACUUUCAUAUGCAAUCCGAGGAAGCCUUGUUUAGCCAAGCAAUCCUGUUCGGAGGCUCCUCCGUUCUAUUGCAACCACUUGAGCCAGAGACAGCUGAAUCCGUCUACAACUCUACGAUUCAGGCACUAGCUCCGGACGAGCAGUCUCCUGAAGGUCGUAUCGAGUCCCUCUUGAGCAUUCCGGUAGAACUUAUGCUGGCCAAUGCUUCAAAGGAAAUGAUUGCUGCUGGUCCUACAAUUGAUCAUGACUUGAUCCCGGCCGCAGCGACUCUUGGAGACACCAAUGACAUAAUUGAGUCUCCAAUGUCCCACAAUCGAUGGUGCAAAAGAUUGUUUUCCAUCGACAGCCAGUUUGAUGGAUCCAUUUUUGACAUUCUCAACCUCCGCGCCCGCCAACAAGGCAUCACAACAAGCUUCCGAACUCAUUUGAUCAAGACCUUGGGGAAAACAGAGGCUUCUAGAGUUUUGGACCACUACAGCAUACGUGACGACACGCCGGAUGAAGAAUCCUUGCUCAGCAUCGCUCAAGCAAUCACCGAUGUCGGUUACUACGCCCUAUCUGUGAAAUAUGCCGAGUCAUUUCCGGGAGAUUCCGUUCUGGGUCACUUCAACGAGCCAAACCCGUGGGAUGGUGUUCACGCUGGUCGAGCGAAUCAUAUCCUCGAUAUCGCCUAUCUCUUUGGCAACUAUGAGGAGAGAUAUGGCCCCCAGAACAAACUUGUGGCUAGAUCACUAGCUGAAGACGUUCUGUCGUUUGUAUACGGAGUCAAUGACUUGCCAGUUUUUGGCGUGGAGAAGAAAGUGGUAGUUUAUGGGCCAGGGAGUGACGGUGUUUCUAGACAGAUCUUGAGAUGGGAUGAUAGAGCAGUUAUGAGAGAUGGUACCGUAUUCGAGCUAGCUAAAGAAGCGGGGGGUCUUGGUAAACUACUGCAGGCCCUCCUCAGCUUCUGUUAA